GCCAUGGAGAUCGACAGCAUUUCACCACUGGAAUCGCUCAUCCUCGAAUCUUCAGGAUCAAGGAAAACAGGACGAAAUGCUGAGUAUUCGGGUAAUCAGCAUUUUUGCACUCCUCAUCGUUCUACCAACUGGUCUCUUGAGUCAUCCUUUCAUUAGACUUUCUGAUUUGGAGAAAAUGUCAUGUCGUCCCUGUGGAGAAGACUGCGAUGGCUGUGAAUAUGGAGUGGUUUUCUCCCCUCUUUGCAGAGCCCUCGAGUGUCGUAAA